AUGGCGGAACUAAGCUUACAAGCAAGUCCUGCGCAGGCCCUGCGUGCAAUUGAGAUGGAAGUGGAGGAGCUGGAGGAAGCGGAGGCCGAUGCAGAGCAACUCUUUCUCAUUGCUGCUGCCGCUGCCGUGGCCGAGGAAGAGGCGCGCUUGUCGACGACGAGCGACAUGGAUCUGGGCGUUCCGGGAGUCCGAGGCGGUGAUCCGGAGGCAGUGUAUGGGAGGGCUACCCUGCGCGACCGCUUCAGCGAAACUGGACGUCAACGGCGUGACGUGUCCGGCGAUCUGGCAGCAUCGGUUCUGCUGCGUGGAACCGACGACUCGUUCAUGCUCUACGUGCGGAUGCCCAAGGAUGUAUUCAUGAUGCUCGGUGCUGCUGCGUACGACGAGACGUGGGAUGUUCCCAUUAGUGUUUCUGGUGAGUACUACGAGCAAACGACUGUUGCUACGGGCGAGCGCGGGCGGCCGAUGGUGCACCCGAAGAAGCGGCUGUUCGUCCUACUCUAUGCUCUUGCACACAACUUCUCCAGCUUUGCCCAGCUUGAAAUCCAGUUCAACAUGAGCGCCACUACGUGUACCGAGCUCUUCGAGUACGACAUGUUGCUUCUGCUUGAUGUCCUGCGCGAUGAGAUCAGCUACCCCUCCCGCGACGAGAUGAUCGACGACAUUACGAACCUCCAGGAUGAGGUAUUGACGCGCAUCGAUGAGGCUGCAGCGCGUGGUGAUGUGCUAGAGGAUGAGUACGCAAGUCGUUUGCGUCGUGCUCUGUUCGCUGUCGACGGAACUCACAUUCGGCUCAAGAAGGCUCCUCCCGGCGACAACCCCACUGACUACUACUGCUACAAGGGAUUCAUGUCCUUGCAGUUCCUCGCCGUAGUUAACGUGUACAACGACAAGAUCGUGGAUUUGGUUGGGCCCGUGCCCGGGCGUGGAUCUGACUCGUCGAUGUUCCCGCUGCUGAAACUUGCGAAAGAUCCCGAUCGCCACUUGAUGGAGAGCACUGGGCGUGGUGUGUGUGUGCUGGCCGAUGGGGCGCUCGACAGAAGCCGCUACAAGUAUCUCGUGAAGCCUCGUAGGGGCGCACUCUCUCGGUCGGACCCACAGUGCUGCAUGCGUAAUCCGAUCGAGCGGCGCUUUGGUGUGAGCAAGUCGCGCUGGAAGAUCAUGCACCAUGGCCUCCCGUUCUCCAGUACACAGAAGAACGGGCUCGUUGUACACGUUUGUUUUAGGCUCGAUGCUCUUCUGCAGCGGGUAUGCACACCGCUUGAGCGUGUGGUGACUGGGGAAGAAACCAGUGACGAGGUCACUCAAGUGCCUUGA